AGACUGAAAUAAAACCACAGUAGAAUGUCAUAACAAGCUUUAUCAGUACUCUGCAUAUUCAACAAGAAAAUGUGAAACAUUGUGAUGUUCUGUCAUUUUUGUUUUUUUUUAAUAAGAAAAAUCAUUUAAAUAAUAAUUUAAAAAUAUAUCUUAAAUAUAUUUACAUAUAUAGAUAGGAAAUAGAAAUUCCAAUAGGAAUGAAAAUCGCGUAUUAUGUGGCAGCUUCCGUGUUUAUACUUAUUACAUUGUCAUUGACAAUUUUUCUACUUCUUCAGUUUGUUUAUUCCGAUGAUGAAAAGCCAGAACUUGAAUUAACCAUUGUUGUCUUUAGAAAUGGUGAACGAAUGCCAUACACUGAUGCAGGAGAAGGCUAUAAAGACAAUCCAAACGUGGAAAACAAUUAUUUUCCAAUUGGACAAAGUGGAUUAACAAAUGAGGGAAAACUAAAAGAAUAUAAAUUAGGUCAAUUUCUUCGUGAAAAGUAUAAAGAUUUUUUAAAUUCAAUUUAUCAAUAUGAAAUUAUUGAAGCUCGUAGUACAAUGUAUGAUUGGACAAAAGUUUCUUUGGAAUUAGUACUUGCUGGAUUAUAUCCUCCAGAUAGUUUACAAAUUUGGGAUUCAUCAAUUAAUUGGCAACCAAUUCCUUUUCAAUAUGAACCAGAAACAAAAGAUGUUUUAUUAACUUCAAUGAAUUGUCCUCGCUAUUUGCAAGAACUGGAAAAUAUAAAGCAAAAUACUGAAAUUAAAGAAAAAUUAAUAAAAUUUGAAAAUUUAAUGGAAAAUUUAACAAUAUUCACUGGACAGCAAAUAAAUAAUUUAGAUGAUUUAUAUAAAAUUUAUUUCACUCUUAAAAUGGAACAUAAAAUGAAACUCAAAUUACCAAAAUGGUCAAAUUAUAUUUUAAAUAAUACUCAAAUCAUGGAGGCAAUAUUAUUUGAUUUUGAAUUAAUGACUUAUAAUGAUUUAAUGAAAAAAUUGAGUAGUGGUUCCAUUAUUAAUAAAAUAUUAGAUGAAAUGAUUAUGAUACAAAAUGGAGUCAUUAGAAAGGGACCAAAAAUUUAUCUAUACAGUGCACAUCAUCGUAAUCUUAUCAUGUUACUUUCUGCAUUUGGAGUUUAUAAUAAGUUGCAUAUACCUGAAUUUUCAAGUGCAAUAAUAAUUGAAUUAUACACAUUAAAUAACAAUCAUUAUGUACAGAUACUCUAUUAUUUGGGAAUAUCUUCUAAAAUUGAAAUUCUAAAAAUUCCCGGAUGUUUAAAAUUAUGUCCUCUAGAUGAAUUUCUUAAAUUGAUGAAACCCGUGUUGCCAGAGAAAAAUGAAAAUCUUUGCAUUCAAGUUUUUUGAUAAUUUUCGUGAUGUUUUAAUAAUAAUAUAAAGUGUAGAAAACAAUUACAAUUUAUAUUUCCUUCUUUGAAUAUUAGUCUUUAAAAAUAUAGAAUUUUUUAGUCUCUAUUCUCAUA